AUGGGUAACAAAAAAAAGGAACGAAGCGAUACUGAGGAAGAACCUGAAUCGACGACUAUUUAUGACACGGGUUCCAAAAGUACUGCCGCAUCGCAACCAAUGACAAAGAAACAUGAUUACUUUACUGACGUCCUCUUUACUGACCUCGAUCUUUCGGAACCACUCCUCAAUGGACUCACUGAACUAGCGUUCGAACGUACUACAGAGAUCCAAGCAAAGUGUAUACCACAUCUACUACAGGGGAAGGAUGUACUUGGUAAAGCACAUACAGGUUCGGGUAAAACGUUGGCGUUCCUCGUACCGCUUGCAGAGGUACUCUUCCAAGUAAAGUUCAUGCCACGAAAUGGUACUGGAGGGCUUAUCAUAUCACCUACACGUGAGCUUAGCGAACAGAUAUAUGCCGUUGCCAAAGAUGUAUGCAAGUAUCUGCCUCAGACUAUCGGACUAGUUAUGGGAGGUACAAAUCGCAAACAGGAAGCGGAACGCUUAUCCAGAGGUAUAAACAUACUUAUCGCAACACCUGGAAGACUACUCGAUCAUAUGCAAAACACUCAAGGAUUCCUUUUCAAGAACUUGCUCAUACUAAUCAUCGAUGAGGCAGAUCGCAUACUAGAAAUUGGUUUCGAGGAAGAGAUGAACCAGAUCAUCAAACUGAUACCAAAGAAACGCCAAACAUGUUUAUUCUCUGCAACACAUACUUCAAAAGUCGAAGAUAUGGUCAGACUAUCCAUGACAAACCCAGUAUUCGUACAGGCAUGUUCUAAGGACGUUGCGACAGUGGCAACUUUGGAACAGGGUUACGUCGUAUGCGAAGCUGAAAAUAGAUUCAUGCUACUAUUCUCCUUCCUAAAGCGUCACAUGGAUAAGAAAAUCAUGGUAUUCUUCAGUAGCGGGAACUCCGUAAAGUUCCAUGACGCUCUAUUAAACUAUAUAGAUAUACCUUCAAAAUCUAUAUAUGGUAAAAAACAACAAAACAAAAGGUCAGGGGCAUACUUCUCUUUCUGCGCAGCUAAGUGCGGUAUCUUGCUUUGCACAGACGUCGCAGCAAGGGGAUGGGAUAUACCAAAGGUCGAUUGGAUUGUGCAAUAUGAUCCGCCAGCUGAUCCCCGUGAUUACAUACACCGUGUAGGUAGGACGGCAAGGGGUGCUGAUGGCGAAGGUAGGGCCAUAAUGUUCCUUAUGCCUGAGGAAUUGGGGUUCCUACACUAUCUGAAGGAACUUAAGGUGCCCCUAAGCAAGUAUGAGUUCGAGUUAAACAAAAUAGCAAAAGUACAAGUACAGCUAGAGAAAUUGGUUGAAAAAAAUUAUUAUCUCAACCGUGCAUCAAGGGAAGCCUACAAGUCGUACUUGCAGGCAUAUUUAUCGCAUAGUCUCAAGGAUAUUUUUAAUGUACACGCACUUGACCUUGUACGUGUUGCCAGGUCGUUUGGGUUCUCCGACCCACCCAAGGUGGACCUUAACAUCAAGCAUACAGAUCGCAAAAAAAGGCCCAGAGAACAUGGUAACGACAUGAGAGCGGUGCCUCAUGCUAAGCUGAUGUCGAAACAUAAAAAAUAA